AUGACAUCACCAUGCAUGGAAGAAGGAAGGUGUAAGAAACGUUUCCCGAAACUCUUUACCAAUGAUACUAUUACGGAUAUCGAUGGUUAUCCAUUGUAUCGCCGCAGAGACCCUGAGCAUGGUGGUCACACAUUUACAAUGCGAAAGCCGAAUUCUAUAAAUGAAGUUGAAAUUGAUAAUCGGUGGGUAGUUCCGUACUCACCAUUGCUAUCAAAAGCGUAUAAGGCUCAUAUUAAUGUCGAGUUUUGCAGUUCCGUCAAAUCCAUUAAGUACAUUUGUAAAUAUGUUAACAAAGGUAGUGAUUUGGCCGUAUUUGAAAUACAAGAUAUAAACAAAAAUGACGAAAUAGCAAGAUACCAAAUGGGUAGAUAUAUAAGCAGCAGCGAAGCUAUCUGGCGUAUUUUCAGUAUUCCCAUACAUAAGUAA